ACGGCCAUAUUUGCCGGUGCGGCCCGAGCCGUCAACAACAAAAAGUGCGCGGGAGCUCGGCGGGCGCACGGACGGGCGCACGGACGCCGGGCCCGCCUCGCCGCCGCCCGGCCUCGCCGCCGCCGCCGCCGCCUCGCGGGCCGGGCCCCGCGGCGCCCCGCGCGCCCCGCCGCUCGGGGGGAUGUCUUACAAAACCGAACUUGACCGCGCACAUGCCCGCCGCCUCCCUCAACGCCGCUGGGAGCGUCCACCCGCCUUCCACCAGCAUGGCGACGUCCUCCCAGUACCGCCAGCUGCUGAGCGACUAUGGGCCACCGUCUCUCGGCUACACCCAGGGAACCGGGAGCAGCCAGGUGCCCCAGAGCAAGUACGCGGAGCUGCUGGCCAUCAUCGAGGAGCUGGGGAAGGAGAUCCGGCCCACGUACGCGGGCAGCAAGAGCGCCAUGGAGAGGCUCAAGCGAGGCAUCAUCCACGCGAGGGGGCUGGUCCGGGAGUGCCUGGCCGAGACGGAGCGCAACGCCAGGUCCUAGCCGCCCAGUCAGCCUGCCCGUCGCCUACCCCCACCUCCCGAGAAGCUCCGGUUCCCCCCCCCCAUCCAGAUGAAACUCGUUUUCACGCGGUAACCCUUCGGUCGCUCCACCCGCGCCCCUCCCGUGGGUCCUUAGGCUCUGCACCCUGCGGUGGCCGAGAUGGGGGAGAGAUUUAGGAACUAGCCAGGGUGGUGUUGUCAUUGUUUCCGUUUUUUAAAGCAUUGAUUAGAAGGUGCCCGUCACUUACUUGUCUCACAGCUCCAGGACACCAGUGUGUCUCUUUCGGAAGACGUGUGUGUUCCUCCGGCUGUUCUCGGUUUCUCUUCCCGAGCUAGCUAGCACGGUGCCGAGGGUCCUCCCUGUAGCGCGUCCCGGCUGCCGCACGCCUGCGUGGCCGUCCCCGUGGGCCACCCAGCCUAGACUCUGCUUCCCGUGACUUUUUUUUGCUUAAGCAUUUGCAUGACUGUUAGUGCUUCGAAGUCCGUUUUUAAGAUGAACAAGUUAUAAAUACAGAGGAAAGAGCAGCAACUCACCGCACCCCACCUAGCAAGGACCCCUGAAGUGUUUCCUGAGUCUGUAGGUAGAUGUCAGUUCCGCCUUUCCCGUAAGUCGGUCCACACACCGGGAAGAAAGUGACUAACACUGUUUGCAUCUUUGUAUGUAUUUAUUACUUGAUGUAAUAAAGCUUAUUUUCAUUAACAA